CCAUUCCGGAAGGGUUUUCCAACACGGUCGAUUGGGAGAUAAUACGCCUGACAACUAACGGACGUUUUGUCUUUAUUAUAAUAAUGCCGAGCACGGUAAAGAGUCUGAAAGUUACGUAUAACGAUGCCAGCGAAAAAGGGACAUUUACGAACGGCGACUUCGUGAAUGGACAAGUCAUUUUGGAAGUCACCAAAGAGUGCAAAGUGGAAUCGCUUUAUGUGAAAUUCAAGGGCAAAGCCGAAGUGUUAUGGACCGAAAGACACGGCAAAACUACUGUAACUUAUCACUCCAAGAACAAGUACUUCAGCAUUAAACAUUACUUUAUCCAAGAGGGAAACGCCACUGGCAGUGAUUUACUUCCCCCAGGAUCGCAUGUCUUCUCCUUCAACUUUCAGUUCCCUUUGCAGGAAAUGCCCUCCUCCUUCACCGGUUCAGUUGGUAAAGUUGUGUACCUGCUGGAGACCAGGCUGAGUAGAUCCAUGAGGUUAAGCACAAAAGAUACCAUCAAGAUUCCCUUUGUGACAAAAGCAGUCCCUAACUCGUUGAAUGAACUAAUGACACCUCAACACGAAUCUAAGGAUAAAAAAAUGCAUUUGUUCAACUCGGGAACUGUGGCUAUGGAUGUUAAAAUAGAAAAAUCUGGUUUCUUCCCAGGAGAGGGCUUGAAGAUUAUAGCUUACAUUCAGAACAGCUCUUCUCGGGAAAUCAAACCCAAGUACUGCAUCUACAGAAAGCACAGCUUCUUUGCAAAGGGUAAGAGAAGACUUGAUACGAAAGACCUCCUUAAAGAGGUGGGAGAGCCUAUCCCUCCAUCAGCCAGCCUAACAGUCAACAGGGUCAUCACAAUUCCCCUGGAUGUGGAACCGUCCAUCCUCAACUGUGAAAUACUCAAAGUAGAGUACAGACUCAGGGUAUAUUUGGAUGUAAAGUACGCUUCAGACCCAGAGAUCAAAUUUCCCAUAACCAUUGUUCCAGUCUCUCAAGCAUCUGCCGUAUCAGCAAACAUGCUUUCCGCUUCUGGUGGAUUCGAAUUUGGAUCAUUCGGAUACCAAAACCCAACAUCCUGGGAUACUUUUUCAACACCGCAACCUUUCGAGCAACCGCCUGCUUAUGAAGAUCAUGGAAUAUACCCUUCUUUGAUGAAUUAUGGUAGUAAACAGUGAUCAGCAAUGACUUUCUCCAGAUUUGUUUAGGCACACUACAGCAACUUAUUAAAUGCUAAGCUAUUAUCGUACAUUUCAAAACUGUAUCUUGGAUAUGUUUGAGUUGUGAGAAUUUUAAAGCCAGCCUCCAGUGGCAUACUGCUGGGUUUUAAAACACUUCCUUUUCUCAGACGACAUGUUGCCCCUUGGGUAAUUUGAUAUUCUAGUCCAUUUAUUUGGAACUCGGCUCCAUGAGAUCAUAAAAUGUGUAUUUACACUACAUGGUGCUCCUCUCAUAUUGCAAGUCCCAAAAAUGUUUGCUCGUCUGAUGGCGCAUCAGAGACUUUGAGGUCAGGAGCAACAAUGCCACCACUCUCUCUUUAAAACCUUGAUCACAGAAUCAAAAAGUACCGUAAUUUCCCGAAUAUAGCGCACACUUUUUUUUCCUAAAAUCAAGUUGUAAAAUCAUGGGUGUGCAUAAUACAUGGGUACAUGGAUGGAGAGCGAAAUAUAUAUAUUAUAUAUAUAUCUAAAGACAGAUGUUUUUUUUUUUUUUUAUUAACACGGCCAUGUUGUGUUGAAGAAAACGUAUGCGGCGAUCCGUUGCCAACCAUUACGGUACAUGAGGUCACCAUUUUGUUUCGGUAAUACCACACUGAUUGGUCGAAUUAUUUUGUCUGUGUUAAAUUCUGCUUUUUUCACUCUUCAUAAAGCACAGAAUUUAGUUUCUUGAACUCAAUUGAGUCAACGUUUAUUCCUUGGCAACUCGGACCAGAACAAACGUAACACAACGCAGAGUUCCUGUGUCUAUCAACUAUAUCUGUCCCUCGGGAAACUCAAACCCGAAUAACAAUAGUUCCUCUUGUUACAGUCCACAGCGAUGCGCUUUUUCCGUUUUCCGACUUCAGUCCCCACUUUUAUUUUACCGUAUCAAUCCAUGGAAGAAACAUUUAUUCAUCAUGAUGAAACAUGCAAGUUAUACAGCAGCCUUUAAAAGAAAAGUCACAAUCUGUUUUGUUUUCUCCUAGAUUCUGGUAAAUUGGAGAAGUUGUCAAAUCAUAUUAUUACCAUAAAUAUUGACAGUUUAUGGUAAUGUUUUGAACUACCAAUGUGCUAUGUUUGUGCUGUGUUUCACCAGUCAGUGAAAUGACAUUUCUGUAUCUGUACACGAACUCUGUUUUCUUUUAUUCUUCUAUUUAUUGGUGCUAAAAUUAGGGUGCGCGUUAUAAAUGGGUACAAUAAUUUCCCCUAGAUUUUACAAGUAAAUUUGGGGUGCGCAUUAUACACGGGUGCGCCUUAUAUUCGGGAAAUUACGGUAUAUAAUAGAUAUAUAAUAUAGAUAUAAAAUAGUCAACCACUAAUUGUGCAAGUUCCCCCACUUGAAAAUAUUAGAGAGACCUGUAAUUGUCAACAUGGGUAAACCUCAAACAUGAGAGACAGAAUGUGGAAAAAAAAAAAAAACAGAAAAUCACAUUGUUUGAUUUUUAAAGAAUUUAUUUGCAAAUCAUGGUGGAAAUUAAGUAUUUGGUCAAUACCAAAAGUUCAUCUCAAUACUUUGUUAUGUACCCUUUGUUGGCAAUAACUGAGGCCAAACGUUUUCUGUAACUCUUCCCAAGUUUUUCACACACUGUUGCUGGUAUUUUGGCCCAUUCCUCCAUGCAGAUCUCCUCUAGAGCAGUUAUGUUUUGGGGCUGUUGUUGGGCAACACGGACUUUCAACUCCCGCCACAGAUUUUCUAUGGGGUUGAGAUCUGGAGACUGGCUAGGCCACUCCAGGACCUUGAAAUGCUUCUCACGAAGCCACUCCUUUGUUGCCCUGGCUUUGUGUUUGGGAUCAUUGUCAUGCUGAAAGACCCAGCCACGUCUCAUCUUCAAUGCCAUAGCUGAUGGAAGGAGAUUUUCACUCAAAAUCUCUCGAUACAUGGCCCCAUUCAUUCUUUCCUUUACACAGAUCAGUCAUCCUGGUCCCUUUGCAGAAAAACAGCCCCAAAGCAUGAUGUUUCCACCCCCAUGCUUCACAGUGGGUAUGGUGUUUUUCGGAUGCAAUUCAGUAUUCUUUCUCCUCCAAACAAGAGAACCUGUGUUUCUACCAAAAAGUUCGAUUUUGGUUUCAUCUGAACAUAACACAUUCUCCCAGUCCUCUUCUGGAUCAUCCAAAUGCUCUCUAGCGAACCGCAGACGGGCCUGGACGUGUACUGGCUUCCGCAGGGGGAUACGUCUGGCAGUGCAGGAUUUGAGUCCCUGGCGGCGCAUUGUGUUACUGAUAGUAGCCUUUGUUACUGUGGUCCCAGCUCUCUGUAAGUCAUUCACUAGUUCCCCCCAUGUGGUUCUGGGAUUUUUCCUCACCGUUCUUGUUAUCAUUUUGACGCCACAGGGUGAGAUCUUGCAUGGAGCCCCAGAUGGAGGGAGAUUAUCAGUGGUCUUGUAUGUCUUCCAUUUUCUAAUAAUUCGACCUCGUUAGACCUCGUUAGAAGAAGUUAGACCUCUUUGACAGCCAGAAAUCUUGCUUGUUUGUAGGUGACCAAAUACUUAUUUUCCACACUAAUUUGUAAAUAAAU